GGUCCCCCCCAGCAGUGAAUUCGCCGCCGCCGGUCUCAAGUAACUGUAAGCAAGCGCACCUGGCUGUUGCUGGUGAAUAAUACUCGAAUCAGUCCCUCAAAGCCGCUCUGUUUCGCCUUUUUUUGUUCAUGGCGUCGUUACUGAAGCGCAACCCAAACCCAACCCUCCCACCAAUCCGAAAGCACCUAAACCUCAACUUCAACCUCAGCCUCCAUCACCCCGUCUGAGAUACACACAUACCUACACGAACACGCACAACAUCCAAGAAUGCCCAUCGCCAUCCCCAAGACGCCAAAGAAUGGCAUCACGAAAUUCACAAACUGCCGUCUCGUAAAGGGCGACGCCCUUGUAUCAGAAGACAUCUGGGUCAGCUCCGUCACGGGCAAGAUCAUCCACAGCCAGGCCGCCUUCUUCGACGACCUCUGUCUUCCGGAUGAGACCAUCAACCUGGGCGGCCGCAUCGUGUCGGCCGGCAUGAUUGACUGCCAGCUCAACGGCGCCUUCGGCUUCAACUUUUCCACGCUGCUCGAGGAUAUGACGCAAUACGGCAAAAAGGUCCGGGAAUUGAACAGGAAGCUCGUGUCUACGGGCGUCACGUCCUACGUUCCGACACUCACUAGUCAAAAGCCAGAGCUCUAUCAGGGGGCCCUGCCUUAUCUCGGAGCAUCAGGAGGCUUACAAGCAGCCCACGACGGAGCCGAAUCGCUCGGCGCGCACGUGGAGGGCCCGUUCCUGAACCCCACCAAGAACGGCAUUCACAACGUCGACGUCCUGCAGCAGGCAGAGACCUUUGACGACCUGGUCCGAUGCUACGGCGCCGACAACAUCGAGCCCAGCGCGGCCAACGGCGGCGUCAUCCCGAUCAAGAUGAUCACGGCGGCGCCGGAGCGGGGCAACAUGACCAAAAUCAUCCCAGAGCUGCGGGAACGGGGCAUCAUCUACUCCAUCGGCCACUCGGAGGCGACGUACGAAGACGCGUCGGUGGCGGUGGCCGCGGGCGCGACGAUGAUUACGCAUCUGUUCAACGCCAUGCGGCCCCUUCACCACCGUAACCCGGGCGUAUUUGGCGUGUUGGGACUGGCGGAGAGCUUGGCGCGGCCGUAUUUUGGUAUUAUCUCUGACGGUAUCCAUCUUCAUCCGACGACGAUCAAGAUUGCGUUCAAUGCGCAUCCUGAUGGAUUCAUUUUGGUGACGGACGCUAUGCAUAUGAUGGGUCUUGCGGAUGGGUCAUAUCAGUGGGUUAAUGGACAGGAUGUGAAUAACAUCAUCAAGGUUGGCUCUACGCUGUUGCUGGAGGGCACCAAUACGAUUGCUGGAAGUGCUGUCACACUGAUGGAAUGUGUUAACAACUUCCUCCGAUGGUCUGGUACGGGUAUUCCCAAGGCGUUGAAGGCCGUCACGGCGACGCCGGCGGCCAUGCUCGGUCUCCAAGGCAUCAAAGGGUCAUUGGAAGACGGGGCGGAUGCCGACUUGGUGAUAUUUUCUGAAGAGAUCAGGGAGGGCGCCACGCAGUUGGUGGUAGACGAGGUUUGGAAGUCCGGGGCGUUGGUGUCGAGCAGAAAGGACGACCAAUCGCCGAUUAUGCCGUAGAAUGACGAAUUGUAGUGAAGGACACGAGUCAAGAUUCUGGGGAUACGUACGAAUACAGUGAAGAAAGACGGCAAGUGAAGAGAGAAGGACAGGGUCGAGCCCUACAAUAGACUGUAUACGCAUAGAGCUGCCAUCCGAACUUGAGGGCGUAACUGGAUGCGCAGAUAAAGUUUCCAAGAUGGCUGGGGGUGGUUACUGGUAACACCAAGUGCCUUACUGGGCAAGGUAGAGAGGGCCUCGCUUAGUCUUCGCCAGAGUUUGGUUGAUUGUCUGCCAGAGAAUGGUUGCACAACAUGAAAGUAGAUUGGGUAGACGCCGAUGUUCGGCCAUAAAUUACAAGAUUUCUUAAUGAUGAUAAGUGAGGUUACUGCUGG